AUGGAGAUUCUGCAAGCCAAUCAGGAAAACAGAAAGGAGCGCAGCAAGAAAUCCGAGUCCCUUAAUAGCGAAGAUCCAACUCUGACGAUCAACCACAAUUCACUUUGCAAGGACUCUGGAACCAACGAAUAUGGAUUUAAUUUACUGGAAGCUGUCGAGAGCCCGAGAUCGGGUCCUUGUGAGCCAAUUGCAAUUGUGGGUAUGGGUCUACGGCUCCCAGGAGGUGUAAACUCACCUGAAGAAUUUUGGAAAUUUUUGAUCGAAAAAAGAGACGGACUAUGCGAAGUCCCGGAAACUAGAUACAAAUUGGACUCCUUUUACAGCGAGUCGAAGCCUCAUUUUGUGAAGACCAGAAAGGGGUACUUCCUUCAAGAUGAUCCCGCCUAUUUUGAUGCGGAUUUCUUCUCGAUUUUGCCUUAUGAGGCAGAGAGAAUGGACCCACAGCAGCGACAGCUGAUGGAAGUUGUCUGGGAGUGCCUUGAGAGUGCCGGCGAGACGAAUUGGCGGGGUAAGGAGAUUGGAUGCUUUGUUGGUGUUUAUGGCGAAGAUUGGCUUGAACUGGCUAGUAAAGAUCCUCAGAACACUGACCGUUACCAUGUGCUGGGAACGGGUCAAUUUGCCUUGUCAAACCGUGUUUCUUAUGAGUAUGACUUUCAAGGUCCCAGCAUGACUCUUCAGACUGGGUGCUCAUCAUCCCUUGUUGGUUUACAUGAAGCCUGUCAGGCAAUUUACUCUGGAGAGUGUUCUUCGGCGAUUGUUGGUGGAACAAACUUGAUAUUUUCCCCAACCAUGACGACGACUAUGUCAGACAACAUGGUUUUAUCUCCCAGCGGAAUGUGUCGGACCUUUGAUGAGAAAGCAGAUGGAUAUGGAAGAGGUGAGGCGAUCAAUGCGAUAUACAUCAAACCUCUCAGAGAUGCCAUAAAAAACAAAGAUCCAGUGAGAGGGGUUAUCCGUGCGACGUCGACCAACUGCGAUGGACACACGCCGAGUAUAACAACACCAGGCUCCAUCUCUCAAGAGCGCCUCAUUAGGAAGGCUUAUGCAAAGGCAAAAAUAGCCGAUAUCACACAGACAGCUUUCUUUGAAUGCCACGGAACCGGAACGAUCGCCGGAGAUACAGCGGAAACCUCUGUUGUUGCAAAGAUAUUUGAAGAAAAAGGCACAAUUGUUGGCUCUGUCAAACCCAAUGUCGGUCACUCUGAGGGGGCCUCCGGAGUUACCAGUGUCAUCAAGGCUGCCCUGGCUCUCGAAAACAAACAAAUCCCGCCGAACAUCUUCUUUGACUCGCCAAAUCCCAACAUUCCAUUCAAACAAGCCAAUAUUCAGGUCCCAACAGACAUGAUAGCAUGGCCAAAGGACCGCAAAGAAAGAGUCAGCGUCAACUGUUUUGGAAUCGGUGGAGCCAAUGCACAUGUGAUAAUGGAGUCUAUGGCUGCUUACUGCAGUCAAGCAUCCAAUCCACAAGAUUCUGGAAACCCGAUCAGUGAGAAGUCGCAUCUUCUUGUUGUUUCUGCAAUGUGCCAUGACUCGUUGCAGCAGCGAAUCCAAGAAGUAAUUCGUUAUGCAAAUGAACACCCAGACCUGCUUCUCGAUUUAGCGUAUACUCUAGGUGAGCGACGGCAGCACAUGUCGCAUCGUGCUUUUGCUGUUGCGACAGCAAGCAAGCCAAUUGAUACAUCGGCCUUUCAAAGCAGCCAAGAAAAGCCAGCGGACUUGGUAUUCGUCUUCACAGGUCAAGGUGCCCAAUGGCCAGGAAUGGGAAAGGACCUGAUGGAUACGUUUGAGAGCUUUCGAAAAGAUAUUCAAGAUAUGGAUAGUGCACUCCAAGAGCUGGAAGACUCUCCAGAUUGGUCUUUACAAGAAAUUAUAGAUGAGCUCGCCAAGGUCAGCAAUAGCCGUGUCAGCCACGCUGCCUACUCGCAACCACUCUGCACUGCUGUUCAAAUUGGGAUUGUGAACAUUCUCCGUCGGAUGGGGGUUCAGCCGUCAUCCGUCGUUGGUCAUUCCAGUGGAGAAAUCGCAGCAGCAUAUGCAGCAGGAGCAAUCACAGCAAAUUCAGCAGUGAUUAUUGCCUACUAUCGAGGAAAAGCAAUUGAAGGUCAAGAUGGAAAGGGUGCAAUGGUGGCAAUUGGCCUUGGGCGCGAGUCGAUUUCACCGUACAUGGAAGAUGGCGCAGUUCUGGCCUGCGAAAACAGCCCCGAAAACAUCACUUUAUCAGGUGAUAUUGAAGUGAUCCGACGCAUCACCGCCAAAGUAAAGAACGACUUUCCAGAUACCUUGUGCCGACCUCUACGAGUUAAAACUGCCUACCAUUCGCACCAUAUGCUUGAGGUCGGCAUCUCUUACGAGCCCUCACUCAAAAAUCGCAUCGAGUUCAACUCAAGCAUGCUCCCUUUGUUUUCCAGUGUCAACUCAGCGAAAAUGACCGAUCCUCGGGACCUUGACGCAGCGUACUGGCGCCAGAACCUUCAAUCUCCUGUCCUCUUUUCCGAUGCCAUAAAAUCCACAUUCAAAAAUGCAGACCAAGGUCUCAUAUUCUUGGAGAUUGGUCCACACUCUGCACUUGCAGGCCCCCUUCGUCAAAUUUUCAAGUCUGUUGCGCCCAAGAAAGACCCGGUUUACAUCCCCACAAUGACACGCUAUGUCGAUGAUUCACGAUCCCAGCUACUCCAUACGCUAGGUUGCAUCCAUACGAACGGUGGAAUCAUUGAUUUCUCAGCAGCAAACGGCAAAGGACAGACCUUGACAAAUUUACCCACAUACCCCUGGCUUCAUAAGUCUCGCCAUUGGCAUGAAAGUCGACUAGCAAGUGAGUGGCGACAACAGAAGUCACCUCACCAUGAAAUCCUCGGCACCCGAGUCACCGAGUCCUCCGAUUUGGAACCGUCGUGGAGAAAUAUACUUCGUCUUCAGAAUGUCCCAUGGAUAUGGGAUCAUGUAUUACAGGGAAAUAUCAUGUUCCCUGCCGCUGGGUACAUUUCAAUGGCAGGAGAAGCAAUUCAGCAGCUUUUUCCCGGCAAAGAGGACUAUUCAAUCAAAAACCUGUCGUUAAAGUCACCGCUUCUGAUGCGAGAUGAGCAAGAAGUUGAGAUAUUUACUACGCUCCGGCGAGUGAAGUACAAUGACUCGGCUGAAUCAGAAUGGUAUGCAUUUACAGUGACGGCAUUUGAUGGAACAGGCUGGACCAAACACUGUCAAGGGCAAGUCAGAUCUGGCUAUGACUACCCGCCGCCUAUGAAAGAGAUAAAGAGAAAUAUUCGUGCUGUCAACGCUGAUCAAUGGUACCGACGUCUGAGCAAAUACGGUGUGAGUUAUGGUCCGAGUUUUCGUGGCCUAAAGGAAAUAUUUGCCCAUCCAGUCGAGCGAAUAGCCAAUGCAACAGUAAUCGACCCGACGGAGUACUCCAGCAGAUACACCAUGCAUCCCAUUGUGAUUGACCAAACAUUGCAACUGCUCAGCGUUGCGACGGCAAAUGGAGUCGCACGCUGCAUUGACCGAUUUGCGAUCCCUGCCGCCAUCGGUCAUGUUUAUAUUGCUGGCCACGCUUCGGAGAUGCAGAUAGAGAGCCAGAUGGCCCAGAACGAGACUGGGGUACUGUUUGGAACGUCGUCUUUGAUGGCAGGUGGAGCUACCUUGUUAUCGCUCGAUCAAGCUACGUUCUUCACUGUGCAGGAUCAACCAGUGAAUAACCAUACCUCCCUUAUGUCGGAAAUAAGGUGGACACCAGACAUUGAUUUCACACCAGCCGCCUCAUGGCUAACUACACCGACUCCUUCACCGGAAGAAAAAGAAUAUUUCCAUGACGUGUCUCGAGUCACUCUUGCUUACAUCCUCGAGACAGCUUCUCGGGUAGCUUCAUCUACACCGAAAGAGCUACAUAUGGUCAAUUAUAAAAACUGGCUUACCAAAGAAGCUGGCAGAAUCCUGUCUGGGACACACAACAAACUCUCUCAGGGUUCAGAGUGCAUUCCAAUUCCACUGAGCCAGGAUGACCGAAUGACAGUUAUUCAAGAUUUCUUUUUGAAAUAUGAGAAUCAUGAAAGUCGUUCCAAUCUUGCUCAUGCCCCCCAGGCAGUUCUUGACAACUGCGUUGCCCUUGUAUCAGGGACCAAAUCAUCGAUAGAGACUCUGAUGGAAGAUGAUAGGCUACGGAAAUACUAUGACACCCUGGAUUCAGUUUCUAUGUUGACCGAAUACCUUCAGCUUCUUGGUAGCACAAACCCAUUGUUAAGAAUCUUGGAAGUCGGUGCAGGAACAGGUUGUGCGACCAGGCGCGUCCUUCGGAGCUUCAAAUCGAAAGAAGGUGUUUGUCUUUACUCAAAAUAUGUGUUCACCGAUAUAUCUCCUGGAUUCACAAUUUCUGCACAAGAAGAAUUCGCUGAAAAUCAGAAUAUUGAGUUCAAGGUACUUGAUAUCUCGCGUGAUGUUAAAGAGCAGGGGUUUGAAACUCAUUCAUUUGACCUUGUCAUUGCUUCGAACGUUCUCCACGCAACACCAUCCCUCAACGCAACUCUGCGAAAUGUGCAUAGCCUCUUGGCACCCAACGGGAAAUUGCUACUACAGGAGAUGUCUCCAGUAAUCCAAAUCACCUCUUACAUCAUGGGGACCUUACCUGGAUGGUGGAUUGGUAAAGAUGACCAAAGAGCUGAUAAACCAUACGUUUCCCCCGAAAGAUGGGAUCGUGAGCUCCAAGCUGCGGGUUUCACCGGAAGCGAGGCCUUUGCAAACGACUUGGAACCGCCUUUCCAACAUACUUUCACUAUGAUUUCCGGAAUCGCUGCGGCUGAUAGCCCUGCAAAAAGAAACGUUUCUCUCGUCUUGAACACGAACCCAAAUAACUGGGCCGCGGAUUUCGCAUCACAACUAAGUAAAAACGGCCACCUGGUGGAGUGGGACACUAUAGGGGGGUGUCCACCGACCGACCAGGAUCUGAUAUUUUUAUUGGAUACCGAUGAACCCUUUCUCCACAGACUAGAAGAAGGAUCGUUUACUCAAUUGCAGGAAUACAUGCUGAAAGCCACAAGGAAUCGAAUGAUCUGGGUCACUCGUUCAUCACAAAUGGCCUGCCGGGAUCCACGAUACGGCCUCAUUUUGGGGUUUUCUCGGACUCUUCGACGCGAAUUGGGUAUUGACAUUUCGAUUUUUGAGACUGACAUCUUGGACGCAAGCGCCAUAAGAUCUCUGUGCUCCGUAUAUGACAAGAUAACAAGUUCGCGAGAAGCGGAUUUCCCAAAUCCCGAGUACGAGUUUUCAUACUACCAAGGCAGUGUUCAUAUUGGGAGAUGUCAUUGGGGCCCAUCGAGUGGAGCUGAAGCGAACUUACCCGAGGUGACCGAGAGAAGUGUGCGAAAGCUUGAUAUCGGGUCGGUUGGUCUUCUUGAUAGUAUCCAUUGGACCCAUUGCCCGGAAGAGAGUUUGGAAGAUGACCAGGUCGAGAUUGACAUGAAGCAUAUUGGCCUUAAUUUCCGAGAUCUCAUGGUGGCUAUGGGUCUUGUUGGGCACAAAGAGCAGCUCGGGUUCGAGGGCAGCGGUGUGGUUCGACGUGUAGGACUGGGCGUGAAGGGUCCUUCUCCUGGUGAUCGUGUGAUUUUAUUCUACAAGGGAAUUUUGAAAACAAGGAUUGUGAUAAGCUCAAAGCGCUGCAGCCCCUGUCCCGAUGAGAUCUCGCUCAUCGACGCAGCCAGUCUGCCAGCAGUAUACACCACAGCAAUUUAUGCCCUUAUUGAAGUGGCAAAUCUUCAAAAAGACCAGAGCGUUUUGAUUCAUUCGGCCUGCGGUGGAGUUGGUCUAGCCAGUAUUCAGAUUUGCAAGAACAUUGGCGCAGAGAUAUUUGCUACCGUAGGUAGUGAGGAGAAGGUUCAAUACCUCAUGACAGAGUUUGGAAUUCCUCGGAAUCGUAUUUUUAACUCUCGAAACAACACAUUCCUACCUGAACUCAUGCGCGAGACCAAUGGACGUGGGGCUGAUGUUGUUCUUAACUCACUGGCUGGUGAGCUGUUACAUACUUCAUGGCAAUGUGUUGCAAGUAGAGGUAAGAUGAUAGAGUUGGGAAAGCGUGACUUUCUCACCAACGGAACGUUGAGCAUGUCACCCUUUGCCGGAAAUAGAGCUUUCUACGGUGUGGAUCUUUUGAGCCUGGCUGAAGAAAGCCCUGAAUUUGCGACAAGGAUAUUCACACAUGCCAUGGAGCUAUUUGAGCAGAGAAAGAUCAAGCCGAUUCGACCAGUGAGAUCAUUCCCUGCUAAUCAGACGACGGAUGCAUUCAGAUUUAUGCAACAAGGUGUCCAUAUGGGUAAGAUCGUGAUCGACAUCCCAGAGAACAUUCAAGAUCUUGAUCUUUCUCAAUCUGUUCCUGUCACUUCGUUCUCAUCACAGGUCUCGUACCUGUUGGUGGGCGGACUGGGCGGCAUGGGUCGAGCUAUAUCCACUUGGAUGGUUGAAAACGGAGCACGUUACCUAGUGUUUCUGUCUCGGUCUGCCGGAGAAACAGAAGAUGACCAAGCCUUCACACGAGAGCUUGAGACCCAGGGGUGUCAUGUCACAGUCGUGAGAGGUAGUGUGGUUGAGCUUUCUGAUGUUCAGAAUGCUGUUGCCAGCUGCAUCAAGCCACUGGGAGGCGUUAUGCAGUUAUCGGUGAAGCUAAGUGAUCGUACAUUCGAAAACAUGAAUUUCGAUGAUUGGACUUCUUGCCUUGCCCCGAAAGUGACCGGAACCUGGAAUCUCCACCGCGCAGUUGAAAAGGAAAACCUGGAUUUCUUCGUUGUGUUCAGUUCGCUUACAGGCGUCGUCGGAAAUACUGGCCAGAUCAACUAUUCUGCCGCAAAUACCUUCCUUGAUAGUUUCACCCAAUAUCGUCGCAAUCUGGGUCUAGCAUCUUCUGCAAUCGCGCUAGGACCGGUUGAAGAUGUUGGAAUUGUCAGCCGGAGCCCGGAGAUUUUGCACGCUGCACGUGCAAUAGGGUCACAUCUCCUAGACGAGAGUGAAGUCAUAGAAGGAUUAAAAUCAGCGAUCUCUCGUUCAGCUGUGAAGAGCAACGACCAGAAUGCAUUGGUAAUUAUUGGCUUGACUGCCUCCCAAAGCCCCGAUUCAUGCCUCCGUCCUACUUGGGAAGCUGAAGGUCGAUACUCCCUUCACCACAACAUCAAAUCUACCAAGGAUUCCACUGCACAGCCACAAAGUGAUCAUCUCAGGACGCUUAUUGCCCAGGCUGAGGGGGAUCCCGCUAUCCUGGAUGACCCUGAGACUGAAGCACUUAUCCGUCGUGAGAUGGGUAAGCUGAUCACACAGCACAUGGCUACUGCGAAGGAUAUGGAUGAUGAGCAGAUAGCUAAUAUUGUGGUUGAUUCUCUCAUGUCAAUCGAAAUUCGAGGAUGGAUACGUCGCAAUCUGGGGCUGGAAAUUAGCUUGGCGGAGAUAUCGAAGGCGGGAACGGUUGGAUCUCUGGCUACUCUGGCGGUUGAUCAUCUUCGGGCUAAAUACAAGAAGCAGUGA